AUGGAAAAUGCAAGUAUUGUGAAUAAAUUAAGUGAAUCUAUAGGCACAACAGAACCUGCUUUGAAGCUAUUGUUCACAAUUUUUGCAGGUUAUCCAUUGGCUCUCAUCCAUAGAAAGUAUGUUUAUGGGAAAGAAGCUAGCCUACAGCAUUUGUUUUUCAUAUUAUCCGGUUUUUCUCUAGGGUAUUGGAAUUAUGGAAGGGAUAUGUAUCAUUGUGUAUUCACAACAUUCUUCACUUAUUGCACAUUGUUACUGCUCAAUGGAACAGCAUCUGCUGUUGCUGUUACAUUUAUUUUCAAUCUAGGAUAUUUACUGACAGGUUAUUAUUUCUCAAGUACUCAGAACUAUGACAUCAACUGGACAAUGCCACAAUGUAUACUUGUCUUGCGUUUGAUUGCUGUUGCAUUUGACUAUUAUGAUGGGCAGCAGCCGAUUGAGCAGUUGUCGAGUGAAAACAAGAAGGUGGCAUUGCAGAAAAGGCCUAGCAUCCUCGAAAUGUUCGGACAUGCUUUUUUCCCGACUUCAUUUCUGGUCGGACCACAAUUCUCUAUGAAACGGUAUCAAGAGUUUGUUGCUGGCAAAUAUAGCAGGAAGGGAACAAAUCUACCACCUGAUUGUGCUGAAGAAUCAAUAAGAAGACUAUGCAUGGGGGUAUUCUAUCUCAUAGUUUUCCAAGUUCUUGGCUGUUUUGUUACUGAUGAGUAUUUAUUGACAGAAGAAUUUGGGAAUAGGAAUUUCUUCAAAAGAAUGUUAUUGAUGGGUACGUGGGGAAGAUAUACCCUGUACAAAUAUAUAUCUUGCUGGUUGUUGACUGAAGGAAGCUGUAUACUUUUCGGUUUGGCUUAUAAUGGAGAAGACGAGAAAGGCGAGCCAAAAUGGAAUGGCGUUGAGAACAUCAGAGUCGACAUUUUCGAGAACACCACCGAAUUCGGCGAGUACAUCCAGUCUUUCAACGUGAACACUAAUCAUUGGGUAGCCCAGUACGUUUAUAAAAGGCUGAAGUUUCUCGGCAAUCGCUACUUGAGUCAAAUAGCCGCUUUGCUGUUCCUAGCCGUAUGGCACGGAUUCCAUUCAGGAUAUUAUGUUUGUUUCUUCUUCGAGUUUGCUACCAUGUACAUGGAGCGAGAUAUCAAGUCACUGGUGAAGUCUAACGAAACUCUAACAAAGUUUUUUGCUUUACCACAAUUACAGACGCCUAUCCAAGUUGUUUUGAGGAUCUACACUUUCGUACUUAUGGGAUGGUGCCUUUUGCCGUUCGCACUAUUCGAUUUUCGCAGCUACCUACAAGCAUUCGCCAAUUGUAGUUACGUAGGGGUCAUAGUGUUCUGCUUCUGGCCGAUCAUUUACGCACCAAUUUUAAAACUCGUCUUUAAAAAAAAUAAAGUCCGCAAGGCGGAGUAG